AUGAACAAUGCUGCGGUGGUAAAAGCCUUAUUGACCGCAGGUGCAGAUGUCAAUGCACAAAAAAACCAUGAUGGCAGCAGCCCAUUGAUGCAGGCGGCCUGGCGCGGCAACAACCAAGUGUUGCCCCUGUUGUUAGCAGCUGGCGCCAAAGUAGAUGCUCAAGAUCUACAGGGUCAAACGGCCCUUAUGUACACGGUAAGCGGCAAAAAACAGCAGCCUGAAAGCGUUAAGGCCUUGCUGAAAGCCGGCGCCAAAGUCAAUAUGGUAGAUCAAGCGGGCAAUACGGCCCUAAUGGAUGCGGCGGUUUACAACUAUGCCAACAGUGCCAAACUCCUCCUUGCGGCUGGGGCGGACAAAAACCUUAAAAACAAAAAUGGCAAAACUGCCCUAGACCUGGCCAAAAUGGAAAAAGCCCAGGCAAGCAUCAAACUGCUGCAAUAA